GCUUUAGAUCUACCUGGGUGGUCCAGAUGGAUAAACAUGAUGCGACGCACUAUUUCAUUCAUUAAGUCCACCAUCCUGUUAUUAAAGAGCUACACAUACAUAUACUGACACAGUUUUUGUACUAUAAUGCACAACAUGUUGCAACCGAAACUGAACAAUAAUGUACGUUUAUGCCUUUUCAGCACAUGUAGUGAGUAAAGUAAUAGUGAGUAAAAAGCGCUUAACUUACAUGCAAACCCACAAUCAUCUACACAAGUUAACCACAAAGAAAACACGCUGGCUGCAACAAUGGCGACACCAAAACAAAACAAGGCAAUCCUCACUGGCGACCACCCACACACUGAAGGAGUCUGCUAGGAGAGGGAGAGAGAGAGAGAGGGAGUUAAAGCGGAGGUGGGAGGAGGACGCCAUUGCAGCCGCAGCUGGCCGUUUGCGAUUCGCCUGAGGACAGACAAACUUAAAGAUGUCGAGGGGCUUUCAGAGAUUUCUCACACUCGGCUCUCGGGGACUGGCUUACAGUGUGGAAACAAACAAGUAGGAUGGACAGUCUGCAACUGUUGGGGGAGAAAAUGUGGAGCCACAGCGUCGAACCAAAUCAGCCUCCUACCAUUCCUUCACCUGUCCGGUGGCCCAGUCUCUCACCAUGAACACCAGUAGGAACUGCACCGGGGUCGGGAAUGGUGAGGGUCUGGCUGCCCUGGAGUCAGUCUCCAUCGUGACCAUCACUCUCCUCGCCUGCCUGGGGAAUUUCUUGAUCGUGGCGACCCUCUAUCGCAGGCCCUAUCUGCUCACCCCCAGCAACAAGUUUGUGUUCAGCCUGACUCUUUCCAACCUGCUGCUGUCCAUGCUGGUGCUGCCGUUUGUGGCUGUGAGCUCAGCAAAGAGAGAGUGGGUGUUUGGGGUGGUGUGGUGCAACCUCACCGCCCUGCUCUACCUGCUCAUCAGCUCUGCUAGCAUGCUCACCCUCGGCGCUAUCGCCAUUGACAGAUACUACGCGGUGCUUUACCCGAUGAUCUACCCCAUGAAGAUCACAGGGAACAGGGCGGUCGUGGUCAUCGCCUACGUGUGGUUGCACUCCCUGGUGGGCUGUCUGCCUCCUCUGUUCGGCUGGUCCUCCUUUGAGUUCGACUGUUUCAAGUGGACCUGUGUAGCCUCUUGGCACAGGGAGCCGGGCUACACAGCCUUCUGGGUUACCUGGUGCAUGCUCCCCCCCCUCUUCAUCAUGCUGGCCUGUUACGGCGUCAUUUUCCGCGUCGCCCGCAUGAAAGCCCGGAAAGUGCACUGUGGGACCGUUGUUGUGGCCCAGGACGACUCCGCUGGAGCACAGAGGAACGGACGCAAGAACUCAAGCACCUCCACUUCCUCUAAUGGAAGCCGGCGGAGCCUUGUGUAUGCAGGGAGUCAGUGCAAGGCCUUCGUCACCAUCUUAGUGGUGAUAGGGACUUUCCUCGUGACCUGGGGGCCGUACGUCGGGGUGGUGUGUACGGAGGCCUUGUGGGGACAGGGGAGCGUUUCUCAGGGGCUGGAGACUCUGGUGGCGUGGCUGUCCUUCUGCAGCGCUGUGUGUCAUCCGCUGAUCUACGGCCUUUGGAAUAAGACAGUGAGGAAGGAGCUGCUGGGGAUGUGCUUCGGAGAUCGCUACUACAGAGAGUCGUUCGCCACGCGACAGAGGACGUCCCGCCUCUUCAGCAUCUCCAACAGAAUCACAGAUUUGGGUAUGUCGCCUCACCUGACAGCCAUGCUGGCCGGUGGAGGGCAUCUGCUGGCCCCCGGGAGCAGCACAGGAGAUACUGGUUUCAGUUUCACUCAGGACUCAUGCACAGACGUGAUGCUGCUGGAGAACUUCUCCACAGACGGCUCCUCCCAUCCACAAAUCCACGGGAAUCCGUCCGGGAAGAGGAGGAGCUCAGUCACCUUUGAAGACCAGGUGGAGCAUUCCAAAGCUGAAAACACCAACACAUCCUCGCUCCAAGUCCAUGCAGAGGUGCACAAAUCUCUCGACACCUUCGCCUCCUGCCUGGCAAAGGCUAUCGAGAGCGACGCCAAGCUCACCCUGUUUGGGGACGGGUUGGCUCUGCCGGGGGGACUGUUCACAACCAGAGCACCGCCGAGACCCAGAUACCUGGACGGCCAGAGACUGAGGCUGGAGAGUAUCGAUGAAGGGAUCGUCAAAGAUGACAGAGAUGAAGAAGAGCAGGAUGUGGAGGAAAAACCAGCCUGAACUCAGCUGGCUCGCUUACGAUCUCACUCAGUUUUAUCUGUGGACUGCGGGCGCUUCACACCCGGAACUCGUAAACACUUUUAUAUGAACUGUGACCACUCGUCAUGCUCUAUGGUGCAGUUUACAAAGUCUGAUCUCCACACUUGGGUACUCCAUACUUGAAGUUAUUAAGAAACAGGAAGUGCACAUUAUUCAUUCCACUGUGUUGGACCAAGUGCACGACGUCAGUGUCUUUGCAAGCUUUUGUUUGAAACAAUGCAUCAUAUAGGAAAGCCUUAACUACUGUAACCUACAUGGUCUGAUUAUUGUAGUAAGUUGUUUACAAUUAUAUUUUAUUAUAAUUGUAUUUUUCCAGAACUUUCAAGGUGUGCCUCAUUAUGGCAGGACAGUACAAAAAAAACAAACUAAUACAUCGUAGUUUCUAUCUCACAAAUAACUCUCAAACGUUAUUUGCUUCAUUUUUAUGACUCAUUUCAUGUUGAAGAAGGUGAUUAUUAUUAUUAUUAUUAUUAUUAUUUUGUCUGUUUUUAUAUAUCAAAGCAGUGAUGUAGUUAAGACCAAAUAUGGUAAAAACAAAGUGGAUUCAUGGGUACAUGACGUCCGACUUUUAUCAAUAUUUCAGGAUAGUUAAAUUAAUGAUGUCAUUGUGCACAGUGCUGUAAUGAGCAGUGAGAAGCAUGUCUGUAAAUGAAAGUCAACUUAAAUAGAAAUUGUGAUCAAUGUCCAAUCAGUAAACCAAAAUUGUUUUUUUUAACUACAACACUGUCUUUUAGUAAAUACUGAGUGGUACAUGUGUUUACCUCAGUUUCUACUCCUUCACCAUCAGUUAUAAAUGACACUCAGAGUACUUUUGUAAUAAUUAGAGCACAACUACGGUGCUUCAGUCUUACCUCGUAUUUUCAUAUUAUGUUUGAACGGUACUAUUUUUAUAAGAAAAACUAUACACCUGAGAAGUGAUGUAACCUUUUGAUUUUCACUAUACAGUAACUAUUAAUACUUGUAUUAAGAUUCUAUUAAAUUUCUUUUGGGUUUUUUUUUUUACAUAAAAUUUUCUGAACAAACUUGUUUUUCCUGUUUGUGUGAGUAGUUCAGCUAAACCAUAUUGUUCUGCGUGUCCCUGUGUUCAACUUGCAGCCUGUCAGUCUUUGAAUCACUGCAGGACUCGGCGUGCAGAGUACAGACGGUUUAUUUCUGGAAUGAAUUUAAGUUCAUUCAUUUGUUGGUAAGAGGCCAGUUGCACAGUCGCCCAGCUCUGAAUGCAGACAUCUUUGAGAUGCCAUUUAGCUUUAUUUUCUUCCAAAUUUUGUAAAAGAUUAAUUUAUUGACAUAACCAUUUGGGGAGAACAACCAAGCUUUGUUUUCUUUUUUUUUCUCCAACAACAAAAUUAAAGCAUUCUCCAAGUAUGGUUUA